ACCAAAUGCUAUAUAUAUAAGCGAAAGAUAAUCACAUGUUAGAGUUAGUUAGAUUCAAGCCCAUCUUUGUUUCUAUAACACGGAAGAAUGAAAGAGUUGCGAUCGUAGAGAAAGAAAGGGAGAGAGCGGUUAUGGUAAUCACGGCGUCAUCCUCUACGAUUCGCAUCGGAGAAGAAGGCGCAGAGAGCCGGCCAUCAGAGGACAGUACACCAACACAUCCUCAUCGACGGCGCUGGAGCACUCCGAUUGAAUCUCUCGAUCACGAGGGCAUGGAGCAGAGAGGCGCUGACGAUUUUUACCUAGGGGGCGAAAUAUCGGCGUGGGGACCGUAUGGACCGCCGUUGCUGAAACCGAUUGCGCCGCCGUCUAUGCCGCUGCCGAAGAGGACGGAAGCGGUUGUAGAAUUGAGGAGAGGGAGAAGCGUGACGAGGAAGCGAGAUCUGCCGCCGUAUCUGACGACGCUUGAUUGUAACGGACGGCCGAGAUUUCAUCACAGGAGGGUGAGAAGCGAAGGACGGUUAGAGAUUGCCAGCGUGGCAGUGAAUAUACCGGAGAUCGUUAGCGUACGUGGAAGCGAUGGACUCAGAAUCGGAACUGUGAGAAUCAGUCAAGAGGAAGAUCGCUAA